UUAGAGACAGAAUAGAACGGUUACACUGGCUGUGAAAAUCACGCCACUUUUCACACAUGUGAUCGAUUAGCGGCUUGAUACUGAAUGAGUAAUUUUUUUAAGUGUAUUUCAGAAGAAUUUAGACUUUAAACGAAUAGUGGCAGUCGAUAAAUUUAAAUUUAGAUAAAUUCGGUUUCUCUAAAAGUGUGUUCGGCGUAGUAUGUAGUUUACGUCUUUAACUGCAUAGUUAUCAGCACGUAAGAAAACCUAACGUUAUCUUGGAAAAUGGUGUACGGAAAAUCUGACGCUAUUAUGAGCAACUCCAACAUGAGGCAUAAUGUUACUUCAGUCACACCGAUAUACUCUUACGUAUUUGAAUUCGAGAAGAAAUUUUCACCGGAAAAAGCCCGAGCAUGGAUGGACAGCAACUGGACAAAUGGGUUCUAUUUCUGUGGAAUAUAUCUGUUACUUGUGUUCUCUCUGAAACACUACAUGAAAGACCGGACACGGUUGAAUUUGAGAAAAAUCCUAAUAACGUGGAAUACUAUGUUAGCUGUUUUCAGUCUCAUAGGAUCAGCUAGAACUCUACCUGAAUUAUUUCAUGUGCUAUCGAAUUACGGUAUAUAUCAUUCCGUCUGUGUACCUAGUUUCAUAGAAUCAGACAAAGUUGCUGGAUUUUGGACUUGGAUGUUUGCGUUAUCGAAAUUACCGGAGUUGGGUGACACCGUAUUCGUAGUUUUACGUAAACAGCCGUUGAUAUUUUUACACUGGUAUCAUCACAUCACCGUGUUGCUGUACACCUGGUACGCGUACAAAGAAUACACCUCCUCUGCUCGAUGGUUCAUCGUGAUGAACUAUUGUGUGCAUUCGUUGAUGUACUCUUAUUACGCUUUGCGAGCAAUGGGCUUCUUUCCACCGAGAUUCAUCAUGAUGUUGAUCACAUCGCUCCAAAUCACUCAAAUGGUCAUCGGUUGUUUGGUCAAUUAUUGGUCUUACGUAUACUUGACUAACAAUCAAGCUUGUCAUAUUACCUAUCUGAAUAUCAAACUGUCAACUUGCAUGUACUUCAGCUAUUUCGUAUUGUUCGCCCAGUUCUUCUACAAAGCGUACUUUAGCAAGUCUGGCAAGAAGAAACCGUCCAGCAUUCCCGGAAGUAUUUAUACCAGUAAUAAGGACGAUAAAAUCAAGAGUCAGUAAUCCAUUUCCGAUGGUAUUCCUUUUAACGUAUACUUAUGCGUUGUGAAAUCAUUACAAAAUCGACUGAUGAUCGUCAUAUUGUAAUACGCUUUGAAAUUUUAUUCCAUAAUUUACGCUUUUGAAAAAAGUUGAUGAUAAAAAAGUUGUAGUUACUUAUUAUUUCGUUCCUUUUAUUAUUUGACCUGCGUUGUUAUUGUUUUUUUAAUGUUUUUCCGAAGAUCUUUGUUUUAAGUUGAUGUGUAUUGAUCGAGUGUAGUUUGAAAAUGAAGUCAUUUUUAUUUUCUUUACUACGAUGUGUUAUAAUGUAUUAUGUUUGAGUAUUUUCAAACCAACUCCAACGUUUUAUUUUUUUUCUCGUGACCAUUUUCUUAUUUUGGUUAAAAUAGAAAAGAAAUGCUUUUAAUAUGUAUAAUAUUUAUAUGUGUAAUUGAUAAUUAUUGUGUACAGUUUAUGAGUAUCGAAAGGCAUUGCACACUGCGUUGAUCUACUAUUAGUUUACAUGGCUUUUGUUUUUGUAAUUAUCUAGAUGAAAAAUGUUGUAAUUAUUUACGUGCGGUAAAUAUGAAAUUUACUAGCUUCAGCAGUAUUAGGCUAGUCCUUUCAUGCUUCAGAUUGUUGAUGAAAAUAAUUCAAAUUGAAGUUUUUUUUCCAGUAGUUGCUAAUGUCAAUUCUGUAGCGUAUCAUUUUUUUUUUAUUCUUCACGAAUUUUUUUGUUUUUAAUUUAUUAUCGACAAAAAUUUGAAUCCUAAAGGAAGGGCUUCAUCAUAUGUAUCUCGAAGUCGUUAUGUUUAAGUAUCCUUAUUGUGUAUAGCUUUUGUGAUAAUUGUUGAAAGCACUCAUUCUGUUUUAUUGUCGUAUUAUUGUUUUUUUGUAUUUGAUUAAGGAAAAAAAAUCCUCAGUCGAUUAUAUGUAUUCGUGCGUAGCUUGUCAGAAAUGUACUGCACAUUAUGCGCAUAGAAUUAUAUUGUCAUCUUCUUUGAAGAGAUUUAAAUCGUCUCUCAAAAAUUAUUAAUUUAUGAUUUUUGUGAUAUCUUUUAUUUAUUGUAAGUCUGAUUUUUUUCCUUUUCGAACAAGUAAUUAUGAUAAUCGGCAAUUUUUUGUUAAUGUUAAGGAAAUUUCUUCGUACAAAUGAAUGAUUUUUCGUUUUAUGAAUUAUAUAUAUGUAUUUAAUAUUUUUUAAUGACCGUUAUGUUCAAUCUCCUCAAAGUGCGGUGGUGAAGUGAAAAUAUUAGCUUAUAAAUUUUUAUUUCAAUUUAUAUACUAUCGGUUUUAAUCUCAUGGAAUAUUUCAAACACAUUGCUGUAUCCUUGAGCGUAAUAAAAUUUAUGGAAUUUCAGUUUAA